AUGCGUCCUACAUCAGACGUUAGGAGCAUCAACAGCCACUGUCCACAGUCCACACAUCCACAGUUAGCAUGUCUAUUUAAUCCCGCUUUCUCGCUACUCUUCACUAUCUACAACGCCCAUCUCAACAGCAUCCAAUUCACAAGAAAACGGCCGGCAGAGGACAGCCCGCACUCUCCUUGCAUUAGAAAGCGCACCAGGGGACCUGUAGAGGGGGAUGUUACAGGAUCAUCCAUGGAUGAAGAAGACUCUUACGUUCACGCGGUGCGCGACGCAAGCCCUGAGUCAGGCUUCACCAAGCUAGAGAUAGAGCUACAGACGACAAUAGAAGGGUUGCAGGCACUACUCGAAGAAUUACACGACAAUAUGGAUCACGCUGAGGCUGUUCGAAAGCGGGAAAUGCGUGAGCACGAGCUGCAGAUCAAAGAGCACACCGACCGUGUUGCAGACCUGGAAUCGAAAGUGCGGUCCCAGCAAGAUCUGCUGCGCCGGCAGUCCAUGGACCUGGAAUGUCUUCAGGCAAAGACGGAGAGCCAGGAAAAGCGAAUUGGUGAGCUACUAGCCGCGGAACUGAUCAAGGAGAUGUUGAAUGAGCAGCACACCAGGGGACCUGUAGAGGAGGGUGUUACAGGACCAUUCAUGGAUGCAGAAUACUCUCACAUUCACGCGGUGCGCGACGAAAGCCCUGAGUCAGGCGUCACCGCUCUAGAGAUAGAGCUACAGACGACCAUAGAAGGGUUGCAGGCACAACUCAAUGAAUUACACGACAAUAUGCGUCACGCUGAGGCUUAUCAUAAUUGGGAGAUGCAUACUCACAAGCUGGAGGUCAAAGAGCACACCGACCGUAUUGCGGACCUGGAAUCGAAAGUGCGGUCCCAGCAAGAUCUGCUGGACUUUCGGUGCAAGGACCUGGAACGUCUUGAGGCGACGCGGGAGAGCCAGGAAAAGCGAAUUCGUGACCUCGUACGCGCGGAACUGCUCAAGAAGAUGUUGAAUGAGAAGUGCCUGAACAUGAUGAGGGAUGCAAUCCAGAUUCUGGACACAUGA